AUGAUAUCUUUCAUUGAUUUCUUCUUUAUUUACAGAUUUGAUGAGGUUCAUUUUGGUCAGUUUACUGCCCUCUAUCUCAAACGUACAUUUUUUUUUGACGUUCAUCCGCCACUUGGUAAGCUACUCUUUACUGCCGUUGGUUACUUUGCUGGUUUUGAUGAAAACUUUGUAUUUGCAAAGAUUGGUGCUGAAUAUCCGGUUAAUGUACCAGUGUGGCAUCUAAGAGCAUUAUCCGCUCUUUUUGGCACUUUUUUGUGUCCUGUUGUUUAUCAGAUUAUUGCUGAGUUAGGAUUUUCUCAUUGGUCUGCUAUGCUUGCUGGAUUCUUGGUGCUAUUUGGUUCUGUUGAAGAAACAGUCAUUUUAAAGGGCAGUGGUAGUCCUGCAGCAUGUGUUCAGAUAAAAUAA